GGCUGGGCUGGGCUGUGAGGCCUCACCGGGCCCGGCGCCGCCCAGGCAUGAGCGGCGGGGCCGCGGUGGCUGGCGGCGGGGAGCGGUCCCGCGGGGGAGGCCUGCGGGCCUACCCGGCGCUGCCGGUGUGGGUGGUGGAGGACCACCAGGACGUGCUGCCUUUCAUCUAUCGUGCCAUUGGUUCAAAGCAUCUUCCUGCCAGUAACAUCAGCUUUGUUCAUCUUGAUUCCCAUCCAGACCUUCUUAUUCCUGUGAAUAUGCCUGCAGACACUGUAUUUGACAAAGAAGCUCUUUUUAGUGAAUUAAGUAUUGAGAACUGGAUUAUGCCUGCUGUUUAUGCUGGUCAUAUUUCUCAAGUAGUGUGGCUUCACCCACCCUGGUCGCAGCAGAUCUCAGAAGGAAAACACCAUUUUUUAAUUGGGAAAGACAUAUCAACAACAACAAUCAGGGUUACGGGCACAGAUCAUUACUUUUUAAGUGAUGGUCUUUAUGUCCCUGCUGAUCAGCUAGAAAACCAGAAGCCUUUAAAUUUAUAUGUCAUUCUCAUCAAUCCUACUGAAGCAUCAAACAGCCAGGAAGAAAAUGGUGAAGCAGGAUCUGCUAAGAGACUGAAGCUAAAUACAGAUGACACAGCAAGCACCACUUCUGCCUCCUCAUCAGUGGCUCCUGGUGACCCUGAUCGCAGCACCCCAAGUCUGGAGAAGAAGGAAGUCCAAAAUGCAGGUGCCCCAAACAAGGCAGAAUCGUUGUCAGCGUGCUCAGCUUCAAGAUCUCUCAGAAAUGGUGAAUGCCCAAUGAGGAAAGUUGUUAAAGAUGUCUGCCAAGCACUGCAGAAAGGGGAUGCAUAUGUUUUAGACAUCGACUUAGAUUUUUUUUCAGUUAAAAAUCCAUUUAAAGAAAUGUACACAAAGACAGAAUAUGAACUAUUGCAAGAGUUGUACAAUUUCAAGAAGCCUCAUAGAAAUGCAACAGAGGAGGGUUUGCUGGAUUGUGUUGAAAACCGUGUUCAUCAGCUAGAAGACCUGGAAGCAGCAUUUGCAGAUUUAUGUGACAAUGAUGAUGAAGAGACCAUACAGAAAUGGGCUUCAUAUCCUGGAAUGAAGGCACUUGUCCAGCUAGUUCACAGUUUGAAAGCCAGGAUGGAAAGCCCAGACUAUGAAAUGGUCCAUCAAGCUGGUCUGACCUGUGAUUAUAUGGAGCUUCCCCACCAUAUUAGUGGUGAAGAGGAGAUUGAAGGCCUCAUACAAUCCAUUAAAACUCUACUAAAAGAUAUGCCUAAGCCCACACUGGUGACAGUUGCUCGAUCAAGUUUGGAUGACUAUUGCCCUUCAGAGCAGGUUGACGUCAUUCAAGAGAAGGUUCUCAGUGUGCUAGGUUCAGUGUAUGGCACACUAGAUGUGCACUUAGAUUACUCAAGCACCUCGUCUUCUUUGUGACCUUUCUUCUUGUCUUGCCCUCUAAUGCACUGGAUUAAUUUAAAUUGCAUAUUAGCUAUGGUUGCAAGGGGAAAAAUACUGUUAUUUCAGCAGGUGGCACUACAACCCAAGCUGACCAAGAGCUAGUUUUGAGUUGCAUGUCUUUCUCCAAGUCAGCUGCAUCUGAACUGUUAACUGUUAGGGUUUGUUCAGAUUAGUUCUGUGAUUAUAAUUUUUACUGUAUUGCUUCUUAAAAUUGGUUGUGAGAGAAAAUAUUUUUGUCCCUAAAAUGUAUUUUUUUCACCUGAUUUCUCUAAGUUUCUGUAAAAUAGUAAUUAUGUAUAUAUGGUUAAACAUUUUUUGAUGGAGUUUGGUGAGUAACAGAGAGGUUCCUGAGUUGCACUGUAGCUUUUAAAAAAUUACCUCAAUAAUGCCAUUAAGAUAUUACAUUUACAUAGUCAUCUUUCUUAACUGCUGUGCUCGACAUGAGCAGGCAUCCCUCUGUCAUUUCUCUAGAGCAGCUUAUGGCUUCUACCCCAUCCACGGAAUAUCAUUUUUAUUUAUACUCCAUUGCAUUGUCUUAUUUUGCCUUAGAGUAUUGUCAUUGUCACCUUAAAAGUCAAUUUCUGUAGUCAAUAAGCUCCAAACAGACUUUAUUCUAACCAGAACUGUUAAGUGAAAAACUAACUAGAGAUGGGGUUUAUCCAGAAUUAUUCAGCACUCCAGCAACGUUAUAUUAAUACAGCACAGGUUUGGAUACUGGUUAGGAGUUCAGUUAUUACACAGCUGGUUUGAACUCAAGGGAUCAGAGUGAUGAUUCAAAAUGCACAUCUUCUCACUCAUACAAAGUGAGGACUCCCAAAGGUACCCAGAAGAUCACUUACCAAUAAGGCAAAGUGUCUCAGUCCUCCAGGAAUUUUCCUUAGAUGGCCAGUCUAAGGAGGAGAAUCUUUGACUGCAGACGUGCCAUUCUGAGGAAGAUCCAACUCGAUGGGGUUCUGCAGUGGGCUCCAUUUAUACCCCAGUUGAAUCUGAGCUGUGGUCAUUUAUGGUAGUGUUCCGGGGGGGUGGAGAGUACAUCUGUCACAACCAUUUUGUUAGAUAAUGGCUUGGUAUUUUCAUUUUUAACCUAUUGUUGAAUAUUAAGAAGUAUGUGUGUAUGUGCAUGCUUUUAUCUGUUGAAUCCUGUAAGGACUUGAACGGAUGUUUUCUUCAGAAACAAUGAUUUAAUUUCACUGAAGUCAUCAGAAAAACCUUCUAUACCAGGUUUUUGCUAAUUUCAUUGUUGCUAUUUGGAAAAUAACUGUUUUAGAACCAUUUAAUUUAUAAAGUAAUCCUGUUCUAGAGAAAACUGCCAGUUCCGGGGGUGGGUGAAACACACAGGAUUUAUUUGGGAAUGAAACGGAAAUGGAGAAAAUUAUAUCCCACCUAGAAUAUAAUCUUUUAUUGUGAACAAAUUUUGCUUGUAAUUUCUUCUGAAAUAGUUCAUUUGUUAACAUUAUUAUUUGCCCUACAGAGACCUCAUGCACUUUCACAGUUUACUACUUCUGCUGUUGAUAUGACUAUAUUGUAGAUUGUAAAUAGAUAAUUAUUUUAAAAUAUUUCUUCCAGUAGAAUAAAUUCCAUGACCAUGGGCCCAUUUGCUUCUUGCUUAUGCCUUCUGUCACAAAGAUGUGGCUACCCUUGGAUCCAAGAUCCUUAAUACUUCAUAAAUAAUGAAGAGCCAUACAUUGCAUAGGUACCUUGCUUAUAAAAGCCCAAAACUCCGAUCACGUA